UCACUAAAUGAGAAACAAUGUUUGUGUUAAACGUACGAAGUGACUUCACUCACAGCGCGUUAGAUCACUCGAGUGUAUAGAAAGUAUUACGUUUAGGAGCAUCUCGUAAGUUUUAGCGCUAGUUCAGCCUCAAGGUGACCGAGUACGCGAACCUGUCCCAUAAGGUUACGCAACCACAACACUGAGCUCACUUCCUCUGCAUCUGCAACCGUCACGAUGUUGCGUGUGCUGUGUUUAUUGAUUGUGAUAGCGACAUCUAUGUGCCGGCCUUACGAUCCAGAGGAUAGCGAACUGAAGACGGUGCUUCCAUCUAGCGGGGAGUUCGAGGCUUUCUAUCCGCGUCAAAGUCACGGCAUCCCGAACGGUUCUUCGCGACCAGCACACGGCCACGGCAGUUUCUACAAACAUCGCAAUCCAGCUCUUGUGGAUGUCAAAAAUGCACCAGCUUACGGCUUCAGAUUCGAUGGCAUGAGACGUUUUAAUUUUGACGAUGAGGAAUAGUAAUUUUCUAAUAUAUAUUUUCAUAUA